AUGGUGUCCUCCCAAUUAUUUAUCCCUAACAGCUCUUUCUUCCAGCCAUCUGCUUUCCUGCUGAUUGGCAUUCCAGGUCUGGAAGCUGUACAUAGAUGGGUCUCCAUCCCUUUCUCUUCCAUUUACACUGUGGCUCUCACAGGCAACUGUCUGAUCCUGCUAGCUGUGAGGAGGACUCCCAGUCUGCACCAGCCCAUGUAUUACUUCCUUUCCAUGUUGGCUCUCACUGAUCUGGGUCUUACUAUGUGCACACUUCCCACAACCUUGUCUGUACUCUGGUUUGACUAUCGCCACAUAGCCUUCGAUGCCUGCUUGGUCCAGAUGUUUUUCCUCCAUUCCUUCUCUGUUGUGGAGUCUUCAGUGCUUCUGGCCAUGUCUUUUGACCGCUUUGUGGCCAUCUCUAACCCACUGCGCUAUGCCUCUGUCCUUACCAACAGUGUCAUUGGCAGGAUUGGAAUGACUAUUGUGGCUCGUGCCACUGUCUCACUCUUUCCUGUCCCUUUCUUGCUCAAGAGGCUGAACUUUUGUCCUAGAAAAAUUCUUCUGUCCCAUUCAUUUUGUUUUCAUGCAGAUGUUAUGAAACGGGCCUGUGCUGACAUCACUGUCAAUAUCCUAUAUGGACUCUAUGUAGUGCUGUCUACAGUGGGCAUUGAUUCCUUGCUAAUUGUUCUCUCCUAUGGACUCAUCUUACAUACAGUGAUGGGUUUGGCCUCUCCUCGAGAACGGAUUCGGGCCCUUAACACCUGUGUUUCCCACAUUCUGGCUGUUUUGGUCUUCUACAUCCCAGUAAUUGGAGUGUCCAUGAUCCACCGCUUUGGUAGGCAUGCACCCCCCAUUGUUCAUGCCCUUGUUGCCUAUGUCUAUUUGAUUGUGCCCCCUGUUCUCAAUCCUAUCAUCUAUAGUGUCAAGUCCAAGCACAUCCGCGAGGCACUGAUCAAAAUGCUAAGGAGAAAGGACCAGGGGUGA